GUCAACAAAUAAUAAUUUGAAAACAUUUAACUUACGAUUCGGUCUUGCCUAGACUUCAGUCUUCAGCCAGAUAUGAGGAGCGACGGGUGACACCGAAAACUCAAAGAGGGAUCAACAAUGAUUGGAAUAAAGUACCUGUUGGGAUCUCUAAUCCUGGUUAUCUGUGUCAAUGAAUACCUUUUGGACUCGGCACUGGCAAUAACCACAACUUCAAAUUUAGAGGGUGCAAACAGCACUGAGACACAGUGCACUAAUAUAUCUUCCCUAACGCUUGUAACACCAUCAGUACACAGCUAUCCGGAAGAGAACAUAACCGUCUCAACAGUUCGAAGCAGAAGCCUAUUAGGUGUCCAAAUCAUUACAGAGGUAAUAAACAACGUAGAGGUGAAAAGUCUGAUAAUAAAUAAAACCUCAGUUGUCAAUAUUGAGACGAAGACCAUCACCCCAAGUAAAAUCUACAUAAAAACGACAAACUCCAUCUCACCUACUACAAUACGAGUUUUUAUCGAAAGUGGACAAUCUGAAACAUUAAAUAAUGAGACAAACCCCGCUGUCACCACUACUGAAACUACAACUCCGAACCCAGGAAAUGUAACAGCUAACUCUUACUGCAGUAAGCCAGCCCAAACCAACACCACAACUGAGAGCUCGACAAUUGCUGGAGACACCUGCUCCAAAAUCACCUCUGCUUCCUCCUCCACCACCAUUACCACAACUGAGGAGGUCAUUGUGCUGGGUCCAGAUGGCUCUUCCCAGACCUGCACGUACUACUAAGUCUGUGUGCCAAAACCAAUCUUAUUGCUACUUGUAACACAAGCAGAUAGGACUAAAAUAGGCUAUUAUUUUCUUCUGUACUAACAGGUUUGCUAACUAAAUAAAAUUCCUCAAUAAAUCUUUUUACUACUCACUA